AUGCACCUCUCCAUUCGUGCCCUGUUGAUAUUCUACACAUGUCAAUGGACUGGCACUUCUGGUUCAUCAUUAUUACGGAAGGCUGAAUUAUCAAAGCUACGGGAACUGUCGGAACAUUAUGAACAUCGACAGUUCAAUCCUCAUGUCGGUACUACUCCACCCUCACCCUCACCCUCACCCUCACCCUCGCCAGUAGCAAUACACCACUGGAUGAGCUGUCCCAUUCUGAAGCAGCUACUCCGACUGUAUAUAAGCGGAUUUCCAGAAGUAUCAAAGGCAAUAGAUUCAUUCAAUAUUUCCGAAGCAACCAUCAAUGCCACAUUAUGGAGAGUUGUGAAAACAUUUGAGUAUAUUCAGAAUCCAUUUCUGACUGUUGACCUGUUGAUUGAGGACAUUGCUCGAAUGAUUCUAGAGAAACGGGCCAAUUGUACAAUUACAAUGUACCAGCGGGUCUUUAUAUAUGCGAUGAUGAAACAGAUGAACGUGAUGAUGAGUUCAGAUGACAGGACUAUUUUAAACCAGGUCGGAGAAAUCCUUGCUCGUCACUACUCGUCCAGACUGGAUGUGAUUGUCCUGGUUCCCCAGAUCAUACUUAUCACGCAUGACACGGUUUAUAAGGAGAUAGUAGACUCUCUGCUACAGUUGGAGUUCCGUUAUUUAACUUGGUUUCUGUCCAUCUUCAGAACAGAAGCACAAGACAUUUUCGAAAGAAAUGCAUACCCUACUUCAGACUACUUGUUUAACGAGCUGAUGGAAGCUGUAAAUGCUGGCCGACGCCUUUUCCCUGAAGUAUGGCAGUGUACAUCAGAGGCAAGCUUUGUCGCCGUUCACCAGACGGUUGCUGAACAGUUAAGCGAUCAUUUUUUCAAGAUGUUGGAGACCGGCUAUGUUUCCGCAAAAGUGAUUGGCGACAUCAACUUGUUGUUUAGAAUGCCCGGUAACGGCUUGACCACACCCUUAGACAUGGAUGACCCUCAAUUGGACUUGGUCGUAAAAGAACUCGAAGGCCUCAUCUUAAAUUAUGCAUCUGAAGUCAUGAACGCAACAGCGUCCUACGGAGAAAGUCUGUCCACACAUGGCUUGACUGAACCCCCAGAGUACCUGUUGGGCUUACUAUCACCAACUGAAGUAGCGGACACCUGGACAUUGUUUACACGUGCGUUUGGCCCGACCCCAUCUCCUACAGUUCAGUUUGCUGAAGUGAAUUACACCGAUAUCCUUUCUAUCGGACGACAAGAACUCUCCGAUCUAAAUGAUUUAAUGACGAGCUUGUUGGCGAGUAACUCCACAGAACCAGCUAUCGUCAUUCAGCUAACAAAUAUCAUAUCAAAGAAGGAAAACUUUAUAAGCCGCCUGGAAUACCAACUCAGUAUACCAUAG